AUGCCCGCCAUCACACCCCUCGCCACCUUCCAACCGCCAUGUACCGCGCGCACCUGGCUCAGCGCGCCCCAUCCCCACCUCCCCAUCAUCGCGACCGCAUGCUCCGACCGCAGCGCCCGCGUGUACUCGCUGCAAACCUUCCAGCAGCAGUCUGUGAUUUCGGGCGGGCACAAGCGAUCAAUACGCAGCUGCGCAUGGAAGCCGAAUAGUGUGGGCGAGAGCGUGUUGGCGACGGGAAGCUUCGACGCCAGCGCCGGCAUUUGGAAACGAUGGGAGGAGAAUGCGGGCCGGCCUAAAGAAGUGGACUUCACCAGUGGACUGGCUGGCGGCGGCGCAGCGGAUGAGGAAGAGGAGGACGAUGAGUGGAGGUUUGCAGUCAUAUUAGACGGGCACGAGUCGGAGAUCAAAAGCCUGGCUUUCUCUCCCGUUGCGCCUUUGCUUGCUACAUCGUCGCGCGACAAGUCGGUGUGGAUCUGGGAGGAGCUGGACGAUGACAAUUUCGAGACGGUGGCGGUGUUGCAGGACCACGAGGGCGAUGUCAAAUGUGUUGCUUGGCAUCCUAGCGAGGCGCUGUUGGCGAGUGGGAGUUAUGAUGAUACCAUCCGGUUGUGGAGGGAAGACCUGGACGAUUGGGCGUGUUGUUCGCUUUUGAAGGGCCACAAGGGGACGGUGUGGUGGGUGGAGUUUGAGGGAGUCGGUGGAGUGCAGAGACUGGGGACGGAGGGAAUCUCAGAGGAGCAGAAAAAGCUGCUUGCUGAGCGAGAGGAGACCGGUCCGCGACUGCUCUCUUGCUCCGAAGAUCGCUCAAUACGAAUCUGGCGCCGCAUACCGAAGGAGAAGUCCACGUCUGCCAGUGCACAAGCGGGGACCCCGAGCAUAUGGAAGAACCGCGAUUUCGAGGAAGAGUGGGUGGAGGAGACACGGCUACCGGCUGUCCACGACUCAGCUGUAUACGCAGUAAGCUGGAGCAAGAAGACGGGGAGAAUUGUGAGUGCUGGCAGCGAUGGAAGAAUCGUGGUGUACGAAGAGCGCUUGAGAUCCACCGCCAAAGCGGAGUCAAACGGGGACACUGUCAUGUCGGACGGGGAAAAUGGCGUCUCUACUGGAGUAGAGGACAGAUCGCUCACCGAAUGGGUGGUUGUUGCCGACAUCGACAACUCUCACGAUGUGUUUGAGAUCAAUCAUGUCUGCUGGGCACCACGGGCGGACAAGGGCAGGAGAUACGAAGGAGAAGAGAUCCUGGUAUCGACGGGCGAUGAUGGGGAGGUCAGAGCUUGGACUUUCGAUCCUUGA